AUGGGGAAGCCGCGGGCGGUGCUGGCCCUGGCUGCGGCGGCGGCGGCAUUGCUCCUCUCCUUCUUGGCCGCCGCCGUAGGGGGGCAGGGCGCCGGGAGGAUCCAAGGUAUGGGUGGAUGCGCGAUGCACCUGAUUGGUCUGAGAAAUCCGUGGUUUCCAUUGAUGUCCUCUGGCCAACAGAGUAUAGGAAGUGCUGAUGAUGACUCUGCCAGGGGGCUCAAGGUGUAUAUGUAUAUCUAUGGUCUCCCUGAAAAAUACAACAAGCCGCUGAAGAAGGAACCUAGGUGCCUGAACUACAUGUUCGCCAUGGAGAUCUUCAUGGAACAGUUUCUGUUGCCGAGUGUGAUCCAGAUUUUAAUCCCGAGGAUGCAAUUUGGUUGUAUACAUGCUAUUCAGAUGUGCAGCGCAAUUGAGCAGAUUACGACGAAAUGA